CAGAAACUCAAAAUUGCCAAUAUCUUGCUUGAGGUUUUAGCAAAAGUUGUUUCAAUACCCUAUAUCAUAUGGGAUCAUCAACCACAUAUCAUCAUGGCUGACUUUACUCAAUACGGACAUGCAACAGCAGAAUGGCUCGCCGUCACGGAUAGCAGGCCGCCUAUUCCAGGCCAUCUGGGCCUGAAGGAGAUGCAGCGCCUUACGAACAUGUACCGAGAACAGCUUGCCCAGAGCGAGAUGGAGAAGCUUAAAGACUACCCUAUUCUCAUGAAAGAUUAUACAGUCACUUCAAGAGAUGGCUUUCCUCUCGAGGUUCGAACCUACAGACCAGCUUCAGCCGAAGAAGGCGCUCGUCUUCCUAUCUACAUCCAUCUCCACGGCGGCGGGUAUGUCUUUGGAAACAUUCCCUCCGAAGAUGCCAUCUGCACUCGCAUCGCAGUCAUGACAAACGUCACAGUCGUCAACCUGAACUAUCGUCAUGCUCCAGACUAUGCUUAUCCCACAGCAUGGGAAGACACCGUCGACGCAUUUCACUGGGUUCAUGACCACAUCGAUGAACUUCUCGGAGUUCCUAGCCAAGUCGUAGUUGGCGGAAUCUCAGCUGGUGCCCAACUAGCAGCCUCCUUGACGCUUCGACAAAACAUCGCUCCCGAUGCUCUUUCACGACCGAAACUCGCUGGUCAGGUUUUGAUGAUUCCUGCUCUGGUCCACCCUGAUUGCUACGCACCUAUCAUGGAGCAGAUGAAGGAACCUUCUUUGUCUUCAUAUGUUCAGAACGCGGAAGCUCCGAUGAUCAACAAGGCAGCGCUCGACAAGUUCACUGGGCUGUUGAAGGUUCAGAACCCGGAUCCCAAGGAUGUUCGAUUGAAUAUUGGCCUUGCGACUGUUGAGCAGCUCAAGAGCAUGCCGCCUUCGACGCUGGGUAUUUGUGGCUUGGAUCCUUUGAGAGAUGAAGCUCUCUUUUAUGGACAGAAACUUGUUGAAGCAGGAGUUCCCACGGAUGUCCAAGUUUUUAAUGGUCUGCCGCACGGCUUCCGACGCUUUGGAGAUCAAUUAGCUGAUAGUAAGAGAUGGGACAAGGUUAUGGAGGAUGGAAUCAAGUGGGCACUCUCGAAGCCCGAGCCUUCUGGGAAGUUUGAGAUCAAGCUUGAGUAGAGCGGUCCGAGUCAAGUGAAUUUUUAGGAUAUAUGCG